CGGGGUGGAACGCUGGGUGGGGAAACACACAGUGAUAUUAAGAAAGAUGAGAGAAAGAGAUUAGUCCAGAUUGGACGGGAACUGAGACACAGCUCUGCAGGCUUAUUUAUGCUCACCAGACCUGACAGACACUGAGGACCCACCCCUUCGAGCAAGAUGAGCAAAUGUUCCGCCGCUAGCCCAGCCCGUGCCAGCUGUGGCUACGCUAAGUGUGGCCAGAUGAGUGAAAACGUAUUGAAUGCUAACCACGUGAGCCUCAGAGCUGGGAACAGAGACUGCAGCAAUGGCCAAGGACCAGGGCAUGUCUCAAUACACAGCCAGGAGCCCAGAGAGCGCCCUUUCUCAGUUGUCUCCUUCUCUAAUGGGACCCCACGAUCUCAUCAGCGACGGUGGUCAGCUGACUUUUCCAGGUGUGCAACCUCCCCCGUCAUUAUUGUGAGGAAGAACAAGAAGGAACCACAGCCUCCUCAGCGGAGCGUAUCCCUCCUCCGGCCUAACUCAGCAUCCCAUCCUUCAUUCAAACGCUACUCCUGUCCCCCCAUUGGGGUCUCACCACGUUACCGGUCAUCUUCUUCCUCCUCAUCCUCCACUUGUUCCUGCUCCUCUCCUCCUCCUGUCCAGACAUCUGUCAUCACCGGCCCCGACCCUUUAGGCUGGAAGUUGCGUCCCAAGUCCAGCUCCACCUCCCCCCGGGCUCGUGCCAACAGGCUGUCUCUGCAGAUUCCCCUCCCUGUCAUCUUUCCUGACCCCAAUGCUAGUCCUGGACUUUACCCUCAGUCAGACAACGCUCCCAAUCCAGACCCCUCCCCUAAAACCAAACCCCCACUCAGACCCAAACCAUCUCGUCGCCGCCACUCAGACUCCUCGACCUUCCUCAGAUCUUUCCUGCCCUCUGUGCCUGCGGUGACGCUUGAGGAGCUCUGCGCUGUGCAUCUCCGCACAGUGUCCCUUUCGGAUGACGAUGUCUUCAGCGGGGGGAGUGAGAAGGAGGCGAAGGCGACAACUCGGCCACGCAAAAUACCGCCACCCGUUGCAGAAAAAACCGCCAUGGCAAGACAAAUAGCACAGCUGAUUGCUCAUUCACGGCAACGCUGUAACCCUAAAGAAAACAUUUACGCCACUGUUACAAGGCCAAAUCCUAAACAUACACUCCAGACUGAGCACCACAGCAGACUGCAUGGGAGAAAAACUGAGGGGCUGCGCGUGGACACCAGCUGCGACAGGGAGAGGUCCACUCCACGCUUCCCCGGCUGAGGAGAACUGAGAACCUCCAACAAGAGCAAUUUUAUAGAUUAGGGUACAUGUACUGUAUGUCCAGGGGAUGGGACAACAUUGUUAAUUUGCCCAUAUUUUUUAUGUUGUACUCAAAAAGUCUAAGAUUUAUAUAGUUUAAAACACUUCUGUAAAUAUUGUCUAACUUCUCUCUGUUGUGGAAAUGUGACUUUAUUCUUUACAGAGAGUUACAAGCAAGUGUUGCAAUGUGGUGCUACUUGUUAAACAAACCCUCCAGUUGUUGCAAUCCUGCUGGUUGCUAAGACAGAUAAUAAAUCAUUUCCCUUUAAGCUACUGCCUGUAAAGUGUAUGAAAUGGUGCCUGAUGUGCUCUGUAGAUAACAGAUAACUUAUGAUCACAGAUAUAUUCUUCCUAGUAAAACUAAUAAAUCUGAACUUAUAAUCACUGAGGGGUAUUAGUUGAUUCAUUGAUUAGAGAAUGCAAUGCAAUACAUCAUUAAUCAAUCAUCUCCGUUAUUUGUUUGUUAACUUUUUUAAGCUUGGAACCUUUGUCAAAAAUAAAA